AGAAAGCGAGCAGGGAGGAGAGAGAGUGUGUGAAAGAGGGAGUACAGAAGCUCCUCCUCGUUCGCUGCGUGUGUUUCUUGUGUUUUUACCAGCUUGGUGUUCACUCACACUAUCGCUCAACUGAGAUUCAGUGCUGGAGAGUAACGAAUCUGAUUGGGCAAAGACAGAACGAGAAGCAGCUUUGUCCUGCUCUCAUCCGCAAAUAGAAGAUACAAAAAAAAGAUGGAGAGGAUGCAGGGCGAGAGAGAGGUGGAUCACCUGGAGCGACCAAGCCCACUGACUGACAAGGAAAGGGUGGUCCUCCAGGAUUCCUGGGCAAAGGUUUAUCAGAACUGUGAUGAUGUUGGAGUGGCCAUACUCAUCAGGUUCUUUGUCAACUUUCCCUCAUCAAAGCAAUACUUCAGCAAUUUUAAGAACAUAGAACAGCCAGAGGAACUGGAAAAAAGUGCCCAGUUAAGGAAUCACGCUCGAAGAGUGAUGAACAGCAUCAAUACACUGGUGGAGAACCUCGAGAAUCCGGACAAGGUGGCCUCAGUGUUGAAGCUACUCGCCAAAGCCCAUGCGCUUCGACACAAAGUGGAGCCCGUUUACUUUAAGAUCCUAAGUGGUGUUAUCCUGGAGGUUUUGGGGGAAGCGUUCCCAGAGGCAGCAGAAGUGGCUGAAGCGUGGACUAAACUCUUGGGUAUACUCUACUGCAGCAUCACAACUACCUAUGAGGAAGUGGGUUGGUCAAAGCUCUCAACCGCAACCGGAUAAAGUUUAAAGUUAUUGAAUGGUGCGAACCUAUUGACCUCUGACAGUGUGUCCUCAAGGAUGAACAAAUAAACUUUGAAAUGAAGUAUCUUCACCGAACCUGACAUAUUUCAGAACAACCUUGUCAUUUUAUCUGUUGUUGGCUUUGGAAUAAUUUAAGGGAAACAGUGCAUAUGGGGAACACUUGAUGUAAACCAGUAUGAAUCACUACAUUUAUCUUGACUUCCCAGUUUGUAUUCAUCAAAUUAGUUUAGACUAAAAGACGGAACAACAACAAAAAAAACUGGAACCGCAGUUCAAGAUAAAUUGUAACAAUGGACAAGAGGGCACAUUUGAUGCAAUGAAUGUGCCUUUUAAUGGAUGUGUAUAGUACUUACUAAAAACUGCCAUGUAAAUGUCACGAGAUGUUUCAUUCAAAUCUGUACUCACCUGUGUGCACUAUAUGAGUCUGAAAAUAAUAACAUUUUUACAUUUAUAACAGUUAUGAUUGUAUAUUUUCUCAUCAUGACGCACCUUUGUAUUCAUAUUUACCAAUGUUUUAAAAUAAAAAAUAAGA